CUGUGUAUUCUGUGUAUUUGAUUCCUUCUGUUCACGCGCAUAGCUGGCUUAUAAAAGGACCUCAACUAACACAGUAAUCCAUCACAAAACACUAUGGCAGAAGAAUUGAAGGUUUUCAGGACAUGGUCAAGUCGAUUUGCCUUGAGAAUCAUUUGGGCAUUGAAGCUCAAAGGCAUAGAAGAAUAUGAAACCAUAUUUGAGGAUAUUACCAACAAAAGUCCUCUGCUACUCCAGUACAAUCCUGUCCACAAAAAGGUUCCAGUUCUUGUGCACAACGGAAAACCAAUCUCAGAAUCACUGGUAAUUCUUGAAUACAUCGACGAGACAUGGAAGCAUAAUCCCUUGUUGCCUGAAGAUCCUCAUGAGAGAGCCACAGCUCGUUUCUGGGCAAAAUUCGGGGAUGAAAAGGUAAAUUCACCACUCCCUCACCCAUGCCUUGAUCUACUUCUUGCCCCUGUACUGAAUCAAAAAAUUUCAGUUAGUACUUCAUCCUCUAUUUCAUUAUUUUUUUCCACUUUAAUUGUAUUUGAUAUUUUGAAAUAUAUGCAAGAGGAGGCCAUUCCUCAAGUCAUGGAGAACUUGAAAUACAUAGAAGAACAACUCAAGGGAAAUAAGUUUUUUGGCGGAGAGACAAUCGGAUACACAGACAUUGCAUUUGGUUGGACAGCUAAUUUGUUAAGUGUAUUCGAGGAGGUUACUGGGAUAAAGCUUUUAGAUGAAGAGAAAUUUCCACUGCUAUCGGCAUGGAUGCGAAACUUUUCAGAUGUUCCGGUAAUCAAAGAAAACUGGCCGCCUCGUGACAAGUUAGUCAUCAAGUAUCAAGCCACUCGCGAGAAGUACCUUGCAGCAGCAGCAGCAGGAGGACCUAAAUGAAACAGUUACUGAAAUCCCUUGAGUUCAUACAAAGCAAUGUUUAGCUGAACUUUCAGUAUCACAGAGGGUUGUGUCCUCUGUUUGGUAGUGAACAAAACUUGCAUAACUAAUAAAUAAUCAGUAAUAAAUUAUCCUAUCUACAUUGUAUUUGACAACAUGAGUUCUAAAUCCAAGAUGAAAUUUCCUAU